UUGUACAUGGCAUGUACACGAGACAAGUAUUUACUCCACAUCCUCCACCUGAAUCCUGUCAUAUGAUAAUGCGCACGCGCGAACAUUAGAAGAGACAAUUCAUUUCUGUGGGAUUUGUACUUUCCUUUAAAAAAAUCUGUUGUAUUUUGUCAUUACAUGCAUGAAUCAUGACCAUAAAACGGAGGAUUGAUACAUCUAAAUUGCGUAGACCAUUAAAAAGGUCUAAAAUAACGGAAUCUGUUUAUGGCAGCUUAUUUAUUUAUGUGAAAUUCUUCAUUGUCUGGAUUAUGGUUCUGACUGCGGACUUUUUGCUUGAGUUUCGUUUCGAAUAUUUGUGGCCGUUUUGGCUUCUCAUGAGAAGUACAUACGAUUCCUUUAAAUACCAAGGAUUGGUCUUCUCUGUCCUAUUUCUAAUCCUGGCACUGUGUUCAGACGUUGUGUUUUUAAUGGUGCUACCAAUUCAUUGGCUAUUUUUUGCUGCUAGUACCUAUGUCUGGGUUCAGUUUGUCUGGCAUACAGAUCGUGGUCUUGGUCUACCAACUAUAUCCAUGUGGUUAUUGUUCAUAUAUGUUGAGGCCUCUGUUCGAUUAAAGGAGUUAAAAAAUUUACCAUUCCACUUGGAUUUGUGUCGGCCUUUUGCUGCUCAUUGUAUUGGUUAUCCAGUUGUGACAUUGGGCUAUGGUGUAAAGAGUUAUGUCGGUUAUAAAAUUAGACAGAGAAAAAUUCAUCAAGUUAGCAAAGAAAAUGAUUUUUAUAUGGAGCUGAUCAACCAGUCAUUACCAUCAGAUAACUUAGAUAUUAUGAAAGGAAAUGUGAUUGAUAAAGUUCCAGAGGAAGCGGCUAAAAAGAGUGUUCAAGUUUAUAACCAAAGUGUUGGCAAUAGCAAGUCACCUAUUGAACUUCUAAAUGGCAAUUGUCAUGAGAAUGCAAAGACUUUAAACAACGAGAAAAUAAGUCGAAACAAGGCAACCUUAGGAAAAAAAAUAAAUGAAGAUCAUAACUUGAACGAACUUGAAAAUAAACUAGAACAAGAUAAUCGUGCAGGUGAUAAUCCUACUGGACGUUCUCUGUUUGGUGGAGCUAAAAGAACGAGUUCCGCCAAGGCUAAUGGAGUACGUUGUGAUGAAGAAUCUGAUAGUGGUGAUUCAUCAAAUACGUCAACAAACAGUUGUCAUGGUGGAAGUAAAAGAGAUACUCAUCAGAAGACGUUGGCGAUGGAUUCCAAGUCUCGUUCUUCUCUUACCGCAGAUGUCAAUCAUUCAUUAGUGAUACAACUAAAAGAAGAAAAAAAUUCCAGACGACGCAUAGAGAGCACACUCAGUCACACUGAAAACGAGUUGAAGCGAGUAAAGCAAGACUUGCAAAGCAGUCGUCACAACGAACAGGAUAUUCGUUCACAACUUCAAUCUCUCAUUUCCAAUGAAAGAUCUCUCAAGUCGGAAGUCAAUCAAUUGAAGAAUGAUAACGAAAUUUACCAACAGAAACUACAAACGUUGACAUCCUCCCGUCAACAGGAUCGCAAUAAUAUUGCAAGUUUAGAACGAAAGCUGAAGUCGGAACGCGAGUCAAAGCAAUUACUGGAAGGACAACUUCGUGAAGAACGGAAGAAAUGGAAGGAAGACGAGUUACGCCAGUCAAGAGAAGACACUGCUAUUCAAGAAAAUUGCAACGCACAAAGAGUGGAAUUCGAGGAAGAAAUAAGGCAAUUACAGGUGACGAUAAACGAGAAAGACGAACGAAUUAAAUGUCUUGAAAAGGAUGUGGAAAAUCUUAAACUAAAGACGAACGAGAACGAUAGUAUUCAGCUGAAAAAGGAGACGGAAUCGUUGAUGUCAACUCUGGCUGCCAUUCAAGGAAAGAACACACAUUUAGAGAAUAGCCUGAGCUCAGAAACCCGUCUUAAGCUUGAUCUUUUCUCAGCCCUUGGAGAGACCCGUCGACGACUCGAGAUCGCUCAAGGACAAUUAAUGAAUAAAGAACAGGAAAUCAUAAAUCUUAGAGGAAAGAUUGCAGAAGUCAUGGCCGUUAUGCCCCUUGCGACAGCUAAUGGUGAUUCCCAUCAAGUUUACACUUCUCAUCAUUCACCCCCACCACCGCUGACCAGUCAUGAUGAUGUCACAAGCGGGACUGUCUUUAUACCAAAAGCAAAAAAUUGUUUAUUGUAAGAAAUGGUACAUUGUUACCGAACAUUAGUUGUUAUUUUCACAACUGGUUUGAAAGGACAUUAUUUCAUUGGAAAGUAGAUGUACACAAUUCUAUGUUGUCGCAUUCAUAAAAGAAAUAAAUUUGAGUUUAAA